AUGCUUCAAAUAAUUAUAAUAAUCCUGGGCCUUAUUUUUAGUUGCUCAGGUCAUGAUUUUCCUGCCAAUCUUCAAUUCGGAGCAGUUACAGCAGCUUUUUCAGUUGAAGGUGGCUGGAACGCAGAUGGAAAAGGCGUAAGCUUUUGGGAUUACAUUGUACAUAAUCAAAGCGAUUUCAUGAUUAGCGAUUUGUCUAAGGAAGAGCUGAUAGAGCAAGCUGAAGUGGCGGCAGACUCUUACCACAACUGGAGGGAAGAUGUUAGAGUAGCCAAAGAAUUGGGUUUGGAUUUUUAUAAGUUCUCUGUUGCUCCUUCUAGAAUUAUUCCAAGAGGCCCUUACAAUCCAAUCAAUCAAGCUGGGAUCGAUUAUUAUAACAAAUUAAUAGAUGGACUAUUGGCCGAAGGAAUAUCUCCAAUAGUGUCGAUGUACCAUUACGAUGGUACCCAAGCUGACACUUCUUUCUAUGGAGGAUUUUCGAAUCCUAUUACAGUUGAAGCGAUGAUCAGAUACGCCGACGUAUUAUUCAGCGAAUUCGGAGAUCGAGUAAACAAAUGGGACACUUUUAAUGAUCCUUACAAGAUGUGUAAGGAGAUUUUCGGCGAGUUUAUAGGCAACGAGUUCGAGUACUUUCCGCGCGGACAGUACGAGUACUUUUGCGGACGUCACGUGAUACUGGCUCAUGCCAGUAUCUACAGGUUGUACCAGGAAAAGUACCGGCCUAAACAAAAUGGUUUGUUGUCGAUUGCCUUGAGUGUAGACUGGUACGAGCCGGAAAAUGAAGAGGAUACCGAGGCUGCUCUAAGAGCUUUGGACUUCACUGUAAGAACUGAUAAUGAUGUAAUUUGA